CGAACCGACACACGUCUCCUUCUACAUCCGCUCCUUUGUUCUCAUCCCCAAUCCCCACCACCCAUUCCACCGCUUUGCUCCAUUCUACCCGCACUCUAAGCCAUCGACGCAACGACCACUCGCUACCUUUUCCACAGACCUCUUCCUCUCCGCACGCGCACGCACAUCCACACCCACACUGAUCUUGCUGGUGAUGUUACUGACCUGAGUGAACUCCAACCUCUCAACUCCUAUCCCAAAGUAGAAAGAAACACUUGGAAAGAGAGAAAGGAGGAGAUGAAGGUGGCGGUGGAGGUGGUGGACGCCGCCGACUUGAUGCCCAAAGACGGGCAGGGCUCGGCGAACCCCUUUGUGGAGGUGGAGUUUGACGGCCAGCGCCACCGCACCCAGACCAAGGUCAAAGAUCUCAGCCCUUCCUGGAACGAGAAGUUUUUGUUCAACGUCUCUGAUCCCUCCGAUCUUCCCAACAAGACCAUCAACGUCUCCGUCUACCACGACAGCCGCUCCCCUUCCGAUGGCAGCGGAAGACACGGCCACAACCGCCAGUUCCUCGGCCGCGUCCGCAUCUCCGGCGCCUCCGUCGCCCUCGCCCCUGCCGAUGCCCCCGUCCAGCGCUUCCCCCUCGAGAAGCGCGGCCUCUUCUCCCACAUCCGCGGCGACAUCGGUCUCCGCGUCUACCUCCUCGCCGACUCCUCCAACCCCUUCCCCGCCCCCGCUCCAGCCCCCGCUGGUGUCCCCCCUUCUUCUAUUCCGAUACCUAAUCCGGCCGUCGACGGCGAGAGGGCCGCCCACAACCACAAGGAGAAGAAGAAGCAGCCGGCGGCGGAGGAUCCGAGGAUGUUCUACUCCGUCGGCGCCGGAGGGGGACUGGGGUUCGAGUUCUCCCAGAUGAAGCAGGCAAUGGGAGGCGGCUCGGGAGAGAAGCCGGCGGCGCCGGUGGGUGGCGGCGUCGUGGUAGACCAGCGGCAGGCUCGGGCGGAGCCGGCGGUGAUGCAGGUCCGGGCGGUCCCCGGCGCCGGACCGAUGCCGGCGCGCCCCGGCGCGCCGGAGUUCGGCCUGGUGGAGACCUACCCGCCCCUCGCCGGCCGCCUCGGAUACCGCGGCCGCGACAAGAUCUCCUCCACCUACGACCUCGUCGAGCCGAUGCACUUCCUCUAUGUGAACGUCGUCAAGGCCCGGGACCUCCCCACCAUGGACUUGACCGGCUCCCUCGACCCCUACGUCGAGGUCAAGCUCGGCAACUACAAAGGCACCACCAAAUACCUGGAGAAGAACGAGAACCCCGUCUGGCGCCAGGUGUUCGCCUUUUCGAAAGAUCGCCUCCAGGCCAAUGUGUUAGAAGUCACCGUCAAAGACCACGAUAUCGUGAAGGACGACUUCGUCGGAAGGAUCCAGCUGGACCUCACCGACGUCCCUCUCCGGGUGCCGCCGGACAGUCCUCUCGCUCCGCAAUGGUACAGGCUGGAGGACAAGAAGGGUGACAAGUUGAAUAAGGGAGAGAUCAUGCUUGCUGUUUGGGAGGGGACGCAGGCCGACGAGGCCUUCCCGGACGCGUGGCACUCCGACGCCCACAACAUCGGCGUCGAGGGCCUGCACCACACUCGCUGCAAGGUCUACUUCUCGCCGAAGCUCGUCUACCUCCGCGUGCUUGCAGUCGAGGCUCAGGACCUUGUUCUGCUCGACAAGUCCCGGCAGCCGAGCGUGUCGCUCAGGCUUCAGCUCGGCGGGCAAUCCCGCCGCACCAACCCGGUCGCCUCGCGGAACCCGGUGUGGAACCAGGAGUUCAUGUUCGUGGCGUCGGAGCCGUUGGACGAGCCGCUGGUGGUCACCGUCGAGGACAAGGAGCCCCUCGGCCGGCUGGUGCUGCCGCUGUCGAACGCCGUCCAGCGCAUCGACCACCGCAAGCCGCCCGUGGAGCCCCGGUGGUUCAGUCUAUUCAAGCCGACCUCCACGGUGGACGAGGCCGCCAAUGGUGAGAAGAAGAAAGAGCCCAAAUUCACCAGCAAGGUCUGCCUCUGGCUCUGCCUGGAAUUGGGUUACCAUGUGCUCGAUGAAUCCACUCAUUACAGCAGCGACCUCCAGCCGGCGUCGAAGAAGCUCCGCAAGUCGAGCAUUGGGUUACUGGAGCUGGGAAUUCUCAACGCCCAGAAUCUAAUGCCGAUGAAGGCCAAGGAUGGCAAGCUCACUGAUGCCUACUGCGUCGCCAAGUAUGGCCCCAAAUGGGUUAGAACUCGGACAAUUCUCAACAGCCUCGCCCCUCGAUGGCACGAGCAGUACACUUGGGAGGUCUUCGACCCCUGCACCGUCAUCACCAUCGCCGUCUUCGACAAUUGCCACAUUUCCGGCAACAAGGACGAUGCCAAAGACCAGAGGAUCGGCAAGGUCCGAAUCCGGCUAUCGACAUUGCAGAUCGAUCGAGUUUAUACCCAUUUAUAUCCUCUGCUAGUCCUCCAGACAUCCGGCCUCAAGAAGACCGGGGAGCUCCAUUUAGCGGUGAGGUUCACCUGCACGGCGUGGGUCAACAUGGUGGCCCUCUACGGGAAGCCGCUGCUCCCGAAGAUGCACUACGUUAAGCCCAUCCCAGUUGUUCAACUGGACAUCCUCCGGCACCAGGCAAUGCAGAUUGUUGCCAUCCGUCUCGCCCGUGCCGAGCCGCCACUCCGACGAGAGGUGGUGGAGUACAUGCUUGACGUGGACUCGCACAUGUGGAGCCUACGGCGGAGCAAGGCCAAUUUCUUCCGCAUCAGUGCUCUCCUCUCCGGCCUCGGCGCCAUCGGCCGAUGGUUUGAUGGAAUUCGGAAUUGGAAGAACCCCAUCACCACAAUACUCGUCCAUGUCCUGUUUUUGAUACUGGUCUGCUACCCAGAGUUGAUCCUGCCAACAAUUUUCCUCUACCUGUUCAUGAUCGGCAUAUGGAACUACAGGUUCAGGCCACGGCAACCGCCGCACAUGGACGUAAAGCUGUCCUAUGCUGAAUUCACACACCCAGACGAGCUCGACGAAGAGUUCGAUACAUUUCCAACGUCGAAGCCCACCGACAUUGUGAGGAUGAGGUAUGACCGGCUGAGGAGCGUGGCAGGGCGGGUGCAGACGGUGGUGGGGGACCUGGCGACGCAGGGGGAGCGGGCGCAGGCCAUACUCAGCUGGAGGGACCCAAGGGCGACCGCCAUCUUCAUCAUGCUGUCGCUGAUCGUGGCCGUAAUCCUCUACGUGACGCCAAUUCAGGUGGUGGUGGUGAUCCUCGGGCUCUACCUGCUUCGCCACCCCAAGUUCAGGAGCAAGGUGCCGUCGGUGCCCUUCAAUUUCUACAGGAGGUUGCCUGCCCAGUCUGAUAAGCUACUCUGAGCUCAGCAUGAAGGAAUAUAGGGGGGAAUAUGUGCAUGAAUGCAUCUUUCUUCCAUUAGCCUUUGAUCGUUAUCUCUUGUAUUGGAUAUGAAUAUACCUAAGAAUAAGGUAUCCAGGAAUGUUUAUAGAUAUAGAUAAGAGGGGAAGAGGUGUUGAGCAUUUGCGUGUGCUGAAUAAAGUAGAGCCAUCCUUUUAGGUGGAAAGGUUGAGUACGAAUGUCUUUUUUUUUUUUUUUAGCUGAUGGGAUCAUGUCUUGUGAUAGCAGCGGCAGAUUUAGGAAGUGGAUGAGAAUCUGAGGUAUCCGAUGAGAGAGUUGGACAUGAGUGAAGCUUCUCUUCUUAAACCAUGUGCGCUGUACUGGGGACUGAAUUGCUAGCUUUUUUUUUAUAUUUGUAAUAUUAAUAAUUAUAUUAUAUAGCCUUCCAUU